CAUUAAGCGUGAAACUUAAUCUAGAACCAAAGAAAACAUUAUUAAAAGGCUGAAAGAGAAGAAAAAAAGAAAUUAAACACCGAUGGAAACACGGAAGCUCAGUACACACACCAGGUCGUGACGUCACAGCUGCCCGGGAUAUCUGAGCGAGUGAGUGUUUGUUAAUAAGUGCCUAAUUAACCCUCUUUCGCUCUACCUGUGUUAAUGGCGGGCUAAUGGUAGAUUAAUUAACAUUCCGCGGACCUUGUGUGUUAAUUACAGUUGUUGACAAGACGUGGAAGUGAAGAUAUGGACGAAAAGUGAAGAGGAAUGGCGGGGGAGGAAGAGCAGGAUGAGUGAAUACGCACACACGCACACACAUAGAUCGAUGACGAGGAGAGAGAGAGAUCACCACCACCAUCACCACCAUCAUCACCACCACCUCCGGCAAUGGUGUUUGGUGUUGAUCGUCACCCUCGGAGCGCUCACCACCCCAACCGCGGCCGCCCCAAACCCAUUUCCCGACGCUAACCCCAAUCCCCACCCCAAUCCCCACCCCAAUCCCCACCCCAAUCCCCUUCCUUCCCCAAGCGCCUAUCCCUCCCCUUCCCCAAUUCCCCAGCACAAGAAGCGCCCCCACAUCCCCUUACCCCAGAAAUCAACCCUCGGAGUCACCCAGGCCCAGCACAGCUCUCCCCCAGCUCCCUAUUCCCCACCACAGCAGGCAGCGUUCUCCUCCCCAGGGUAUGAUGAUCUCGGCUUCACCCCCUUAGGAUUAGAUGCGGGGAAGGCUCCAAUCCCAAAGCAGGUCGCGUUCAGCUCCCCUGGAUUUUCGGAUUUGGGAUUCGAUGGGGGAUUCAGUCCUAAGCAGGCACCAAAGCAGUCUCAUAUCCCCGACUUUCCCUCAGGGGAUUCAGAGGGAUUCAAGUCUUUCUCCCCGUUCUCGGCUAGUCAGAGGGGCAGACAGGGGAUUCCAGGGGGAGGUUACGUGGGUUCAGGUGGGGGAGGAGGUGGGGGUUUCACUGGGUUAGGUGGGGGAAAGCCUCGUCCUGGUCCCCCGUCCUCUGCUCCUCCCCAGUUUAACGGACCCCCUUCCUACUCCUCGCCCCCCCAUUCCCAGGGUAAGCGCCCCUCGUCUUCCUCUCCACCUGGAUUUGAUGAUUUUCCGUCGCAGCCACACACCUUCGGCUACACGGUUCAGGACCCUUACUUCGGGGACAGUCACCAGCACCAGGAAGUCUCGGAUGGCGAUACAACCAAAGGGGAAUACCGGGUCCUCCUCCCUGACGGACGUACGCAAAUUGUGAAGUACUCAGCGGACGCCAACACUGGGUUCCGGGCAGAGGUCACUUACGAAGGUGAAGCCAAACCGUAUGUUCCUGACGAAGGUGACACGGGAGGCAAGGGAGGGUCGUCUGGUGGAGGAGGUGCCGGGGCCUACAAGCCAAGUGGAGGUGGUGGUGGAGGUGGAGGAUACGGAGGUGGAGGUGGGUAUAGUGGUGGAGGUGGAGGUGGUGGAGGUGGAGGUGGUGGUGGUGGCUAUGGUGGUGGUGGUGGUGCGUAUGUGUGAGUGAGUGAAUGUGUUUGUGUGUUUGUGUGUGUGUUUUAAAUCCAUAUUCUGUUUGUUCUUUUGAUGAGUUUUUAUAAAGAGAGAAAGAAAGUGAGAGAGUGAGAAAGUGAGUUAGAGAUAGAGAAAAUAUUGUGUUCUUCUUAAUAAAUCUUUGAUGUUU